AUGCCUAGCAAAUUACGCAAGGCAAUUGGGGCGGUGAAGGACCAAACAAGCAUCAGCUUUGCCAAAAUCUCCAGCACCAACGCUUCCAACCUCGAAGUCCUCAUCCUUAAAGCCACUCGCCACGAUGAUGUCCCCAUCGACGAGCGCUACGUCGCCGAGGUCCUCUCCCUGAUCUCCUCCAGCAAAGCCUACGCCGUCGCCUGCGCCCAUGUCAUCUCCAAGCGGAUCGGGCGCACCCGAAACUGGAUUGUUGCCUUGAAAUCCCUAAUGCUCGUCCUCCGCAUUUUCCAGGACGGUGAUCCUUACUUCCCGAGGGAAGUCCUCCAUGCCAUGAAGCGCGGGGCCCGAAUUCUGAAUCUCUCCAGUUUUCGCGAUGAUUCAAAUUCUAGCCCUUGGGAUUUCACCGCAUUUGUACGGACUUUCGCGUUGUACCUCGACGAGCGCCUCGAUUGCUUCAUAACCGGUAAAUUACAACGCCGGUUCACGCGCCGACGCGAUUGUGGAGGUGGAGCCACUGCUGGCCGGACGAUGUAUUUCAGCGACAACAUGAAGCCGCCGAUGCUCCUCGACCGAAUUUCCUACUGGCAGAAAUUGUUAGACCGCGCGAUGGCCACCCGGCCCACGGGGGCAGCAAAAUCGAACCGGUUGGUUUUGAUAUGCUUGUACGCCGUCGUUCAGGAGAGCUUCGAUUUGUAUAAGGACAUAUCUGAUGGGCUGGCACUCCUUCUCGAUAGCUUCUUCCACCUUCCGUACCAAUCCUGCGCCACCGCGUUUCAGGCGUGCGUGAAAGCGGCGAAGCAAUUCGAAGAGCUAUGUUCUUACUACGAUUUUUGCAAAUCGAUGGGUGUCGGGAGGACAUCGGAGUACCCUAGCGUUCAGAAGAUCUCUGAGGAGCUUAUCGAGACGCUGCAGGAGUUUCUGAAAGACCAGGCUUCAUUUCCUGCGGUAGCUGGUGGUGCCAGGUCUCCGCCGAGGCAGCCAGAGGGAGAGGAGGAGGCUGCAGUGGAGGGUAUUUCGUCUCGUGGUCGUCAAUUAUCGUCGCUUCAGGAACUCAUGGGACUAGCUGGGAUGGAGGAGCGAGAGGAAGAUGAAGAGCCUUCGAUGUCGUUGGAGAAUCAGGACAUGACCAGUACUGGUGAAGAUAAUAAUGAGUCCUCGAGCUCGUUAUCGUUUGAUCAAGGCACGACGACGAGCGCGAAAAGUAGUUAUGUAAUGGACCUGUUGUCAUUGGACGAUUGGGAUCUAGAGGAUUUGAAGUUGGAGAAUGAGAAGGCCUUAGAGAAUUCAAAUUCGGGAUGGGAGAUUGUCCUGGCAGAGAUCGCGACACAAUCGAGUACCGAAAUCCCUAGCGGUUUCUUCGAUUUGAACGAAGUUGGAAAUUCCAACUCGCCGUUUGGAUUGGAAUUGGGAACUCCAGCGAUUGCUGAAAAUCAUGUCCUUGAUCACAAUUACAACCCGUUUCUACAAGAUUUGGAGGUUAGUUUGCCUGAAAUUGAAAUAGAAUCGAAGCCUCUGCCGUCACUGACGGCAGGGGACGAGAAGGCAAUAGUUCUUAUGGAUGAUUUGUUCUCGUCGGGAACGUUUCAGGCCACACCUCCAACGUUUAGCGUUCGUGAAAAUCAUCAUUGUAAGAGUAACGAACUUAUAGAGUGGAAAAAUGAACCGGAAUUGGAGACAGUGACAAGGAUGACCGUGGAUGAAAAUGUGAUGGCUUUGGCAGAUGAUUUCUUCUCGACUGCGGCUUCAACGUUUCAGGCGAGGCCGACAUUUAGUGUUCAAAAUACUAAUAAUAAUCAGGAGAGUGGAAUGUCAAGUGGAUGGCCAAUUGAAACGGAACAGACGACGCCUGCAGGGGAUGAGAAUAAGGCAAUAGUUCUAUUUGAUGAUUUGUUCACUGCGGCACCAUCUUUUCAAGCAACACCGCCGACAUUCAGUGUAGAGAAUGGUGAGUGCAAUGGCUGCGAUGAUUUGUUUGGGCCGUGGCCAAUUGUGGCGAAAGGUGGUGAUGCGAUGGAGCGGGAGAAUUUGUUGAGGGAACAACAGAUGUGGUUGGCGAAUCAAAACAAGAUUAUAACGAAGAAUUUGUGUCAAUGA